AUAGAGGGGAGAAACGCGCGAUAAACUGACAGAAAGUGCUUUAUACGACCCAUUUCCGCUCGUUUAUCUGUUUAUUCGCGUCUUUGUUUUAAGAAGCGUGAAGUUAUGUCUGUAUGUUGAGUGUGGGAACGGAUUUAAAUCACGGCACGUACACUGUCCCGUUCUCGGCGGAGCGCAGCUUCUCGACGCGACGCGGCUCUGCGCGAUGUCUCUGCUUUGCGUCGGGGUGAAGAAAGCCAAGUAUGAUGGACCUCAGGAGAAAUUCAACACGUAUGUGACUCUGAAGGUGCAGAAUGUUAAGAGUACGACCAUCGCGGUGCGGGGCAGUCAACCCAGCUGGGAACAAGACUUCAUGUUUGAGAUCAAUCGUUUGGAUCUGGGUCUUUCUGUGGAGGUGUGGAAUAAAGGUCUUAUAUGGGACACCAUGGUCGGCACCGUCUGGAUUCCUCUUCAGAGUAUCCGUCAAUCCAACGAGGAUGGACCUGGAGAAUGGCUGACUUUAGAUUCACAGGCCAUAAUGGCAGAUAAUGAAAUCUGUGGCACUAAAGAUCCAACAUUUCACAGCGUGCUUUUAGACACUCGCUUUGAACUGCCACUGGAUAUCCCAGAAGAAGAGGCUCGAUAUUGGGCUAAAAAACUGGAGCAGAUUAAUGCUAUGAGAGACCAAGACUAUUCAUAUGAGGAGGUUCAGGAGCGGCCGUUAUCAGUACCUGGAACACAAUGCUGUAACUGGAAUCUGUGGAGCGAGCAGCAAAACAAUGAUGCAGACAGUGCAAUGGACGACAGGGACAGUGAUUACCGCAGUGAAACCAGUAACAGCAUCCCGCCGCCAUAUUAUUCAACAUCUCAACCCAAUGCUUCGGUUCAUCAGUAUCCCAUGAGUCACCAGCAUCGAAACCCCUGCAGCCCUUACUCCCGCUCCAUCAAUAACUGUGAUCUCGACUAUGACCGUCCCAGAGGAAUCAGUCCGACUGGAAGUUAUGCGUCUUCAGCGGAGCUCAGUCGCUGUAGCUCUCAACUAAGCGAAGAGUACGGAGAGCGAGAACUGUACGACGAGAACGACUCCUAUCACUCCUGCCAUUCGUCCGUGUCUUACAGCAAGGGCUCGCCCGACUGGGAUGAAACGCAAGGCGUAUACAGCGACGACUGCGCUUACAGCAAAGACGGCGGCGAGGAAGGUGCUCUGUAUGAAGAAGAGGACGGUGACCUGUACGUAGAGGAGGUGGACAUGUACGAGGGAGAAGAAGACUUCAACUACGAGGAUGAAGAUCUGUACCCGUUGGACGGGACCCUUAGCGAAGAUCAAGAGCCUCCGUUCACUCCCACCCCGACCAGUACUGCCCCCUGCGCGCCAAACACCUCAUCUAUCAGGCCUCCUCUGGAGAAACAGCCCUCUGUGCACCAACAAAACGCCACAAAUAAUCUGCCACCGAGUCUGCCAGCUGCGGUUCAACCGACCAAUCAGACGCAAGCCCAGGCUCCACAACUCAAACCCCUAAACAAACAACAAACUCCCCAGGCGCCCAAACAACAGCCUCCACCCCAGCAGCAAUCCUCGGGCCCGAUCCCGUCCGUCCAAUCCUUCUUCGCCAUGGCCAAGCCGCUUACUGCCGUGUUUGGACUGGGUGGAUCUAGUUCUCCACAACCUCCUGCACCAACACCUCAACCUCCAACCUCAAAUAUACAGUCACAGACCCCAACGGCACACCCUCCCGCCCCUGUUACCCAACAGAUGCCUCCUACUGCAGUAAAAUCCCCCGAGUCUACUCUCAGUUCUGUCCCCAACUCCAAAGCUCCUCCAACAGAACCUAAACCUUUAACUCCCACAGAAGAGAAACUGCCCACGCCGGAGCCUCCAUAUGAGGAGGAACCUCCACUUGAAGAUGAAGAACUCCCCGCUGAAGAGCCAAUCGAAGAGGACAUAAAGAUCGAGAGUCCACCUUUAGAAGAGGAAGAACCUUUAGCAGAACCUGAGAGUGAACCGGUGAAGGAGGAGCCAAAAGAGCAGGUGGAUCCGGCUGUAAGAGCGAAAGAGAACUGGCUGAGACUCUUUGAGAAAGUUCGACACCAGCUUCAGGAGGCUCGAGGAGAGACCGACUCUCAGUCUUUAUGGUUUGGUAAAGGAGGGAUGGGUGGAGCGCUGUACAGUAUCGACAGCAUGCCUGACCUUCGUAAAAGAAAGACCAUUCCUCUGGUCAGAGAUCUGGCUAUGUCUCUGGUGCAGAACUCUCGUAAAGCCGGUAUCACAUCUGCUAUGGCAUCCAGUACACUCAAUAAUGAAGAACUGAAAAGCCACGUGUAUAAGAAGACCCUUCAGGCUCUGAUCUACCCCAUCUCCUGUACAACACCACACAACUUUGAGGUGUGGACGGCCACCACGCCCACCUACUGCUAUGAAUGUGAAGGACUGCUGUGGGGAAUCGCUCGACAGGGCAUGCGCUGUUCUGAAUGUGGGGUCAAAUGUCAUGACAAAUGUCAGGAUCUGCUCAAUGCGGACUGCCUUCAGAGAGCCGCAGAGAAGAGUUCAAAACACGGCGCCGAGGACCGCACGCAGAACAUCAUCAUGGUUCUGAAGGACCGCAUGAAGAUCCGUGAACGGAACAAACCGGAGAUCUUCGAGUUGAUCCAGGAAGUGUUCGACAUUCCCAAAGCGACUCAUGGAACGCAUAUGAAACAGAUCAAACAGAGCGUUCUGGAUGGGACGUCGAAAUGGUCGGCCAAGAUCAGCAUCACAGUGGUGUGCGCUCAGGGUCUCCAGGCCAAGGAUAAGACCGGCUCCAGUGAUCCUUACGUUACCGUACAGGUGGGAAAAACCAAGAAGAGAACAAAAACCAUCUAUGGCAAUCUUAACCCCAUCUGGGACGAGAGCUUUCACUUCGAGUGUCACAACUCCUCAGAUCGAAUCAAGGUGCGCGUUUGGGACGAAGACGAUGACAUCAAGUCUCGCGUGAAGCAGCGAUUUAAACGAGAAUCUGAUGAUUUUCUGGGACAGACCAUCAUUGAAGUGAGAACACUCAGUGGAGAAAUGGAUGUCUGGUAUAACCUCGACAAGCGAACCGAUAAAUCUGCCGUGUCCGGAGCGAUCCGUAUGCACAUCAGUGUGGAGAUUAAAGGAGAAGAAACUGUGGCGCCAUACCACGUUCAGUACACCUGCCUGCAUGAGCACAUCUUUCAUUACACCACUGAAAAGCAGAAUGGUGGCGUCGUGAAGAUUCCUGAUGCCAAAGGCGAUGACGCCUGGAAAGUUUACUAUGAAGAAACGGCACAGGAAAUCGUAGAUGAGUUCGCCAUGAGAUAUGGAGUGGAAUCAAUCUACCAGGCCAUGACGCAUUUUGCUUGUCUGUCAUCAAAGUACAUGUGUCCUGGUGUCCCCGCGGUCAUGAGCACACUACUGGCAAACAUCAAUGCUUACUACGCUCACACGACACAGUCCUCCAACAACGUCUCUGCCUCGGACCGCUUUGCUGCCUCAAACUUUGGGAAAGAGAGAUUUGUAAAACUUCUGGACCAGCUCCAUAACUCCCUGAGGAUUGAUCUCUCCAUGUACAGG